CUAAAGUCUCAACUUUGUUAAGCAUUUAAAAAACUUAUUAGUUAACAUGAAUCACAUAAACUAUCACAGUUACAGUCCUCAUUUCAUCAAGAAAUCAAAAGAAACAGAUGUCACGUUGAAAUCAGGCAAGAUAAAUAGGUUCAGUUCGCAGUUUUAUAGUGAUAUUCCAAGGACCUCGAUAUAUGUGAGUCAAGAUUUAUACUUCCUACAUUAUAAUUCAAAAGAUGUGGAAAUUAUUGAGAAUGUAAGAAGGGGAAUAAUUCAAGGAUUGAAGACUCUUAGAAAAAAGUGCAAAACUGGACCCUUUUCAACAGGCAACCAUAUGUUAAAAAAUACAUCAGAUUUACUCACCAAAAAGUCUAAAACUCGAAGAAAUUCACGAAAAAGUUCUUCUGGUCAUUCUAAAAAUCAGAGAAACAGUACUAGUGAGCUUGACGAAUGUUUGUCAAUGGAAGAGAAGUCAACCCGUUCUAAGUCUCCAAUAACAUCUUAAUUAAAAACAGUCUAGUUACUCUCACUGUUAUUGUGUUGAAUAAAUCAUAUUAUCUAACCAGA